CUCCUCCGCCGCCGGGAGCCCGAGUCACCAUGACAGCCAUAGCAGCGCAGACCCAGUGGUUACUUACUCGUAGAAGACCAAAGAAAUCAUUCUUCGAGACCUUUAUCAGGAGCUUAAUUAUCCUCUGUGUUGCAAUUGCCAUUGUCCUGUUGUCCAUUGCAGUAUGUGAUGGCCAUUGGCUUUUUACAAAAGGAAAACUCUUUGGGCUCUGGCAUUUCUGUACCCUCGGAAGCAACAGCACCUUGAAAUGUACCACUGAUCUCGCUUUGACCAACAUCAGAGGGAUAAGCACAGGAAUGAUCUUCAUAAGAAGCACGUUGUCUUUUGCCGUUGUUGUUGCAAUCUUUGGCCUGGAACUUCUCAUGGUCUCUCAAGUCUGCGAAGAUAUCAACUCAAGGAGAAAAUGGUCCAUGGGCUCCAUCCUCAUUCUUGCCUCAUUUCUACUGUCAUCAGCUGGAAUGGUGAGCUUCUUAAUCCUCCUGAGGGACUACAUCACUAUCCUAAGUUUUACGUUAACCUAUUGGUGUGAAUUUAUUGCAACGUUCCUUUUCUUCCUUAAUGGAAUCAGUGGACUUCACCUUAACAACCUAACAUUGCCAUGGAGCAGAGUGAGAAAAAUUAAACAUGAUGAACAGCAGCUCAACCAAAUAUCCCGAGAAUAUAUUGCAGCUCAUUAACAUUCGAGAAAGGGGAAUUGUUUAUUUUGAGAUAUAUAUGUUUGUG